AUGCCCAAAAAGUCAUUAAAAGCCCUAUUCAUUCCAGUGGACGGUAUCGGACACGUGAACGCAUGCAUUGGUAUCGCCGAACAGCUAAUAACAGCCGGACAUCGGGUGUCGUUCCUCAUGAACACCCAAUGGGAGGGCAAACUCAGACACUACGGUAUCGACGAAAUACUAUACCCGCCACUACAGGGACGUCAAGCCGGUAGCAACGCCGCCCUCGACGGGGCUAAUAUGUUGCGAAGUUUUGGCAUUAUUGGCUCAGCCGGGCCACUUGACACCAUGGUGGCCUGGGUGACCAACUUGGUUCCCCAUUGCAUAAGGGAGUCCCGGCUUAUGGACCCGUUUGUUGAUAAGGCUAUCGCCGAUUUACAGCCCGAUGUGAUAUUUAUUGAUCAGGUGGUGGCCAUGGCAUCAGUGGAGCGUUCGGGUAUACCCUGGGUAUGGGUUUCCAGUUAUAAUCCACUGUUUCAGUUGUACGACGAGCGCACACCACCUCCCGGCUCAGGUUUAGCAGCCAAUGGCGACCGUAAAGAGUGGGCGCACUUCAGACACACCGUAAACGAUGCCAUUAAAGACAUAUGGCGUGAGUUUAAUGACUAUUUUGUGAGCAAUGGUUUACCAGCGCUUGAUUACGGCCAGUAUGUGCGCCAACCAACACACCUACACAUAUACCCACUGCCCGUCGAACUGGACUACACAGACCUGAGACCAGUGCCCGACCGGUGCCUACAAUUAGACAACUUGAUGCGUAAAGAUGUGCAUGCUACUUUCACUAUACCUAAACAACUAUCCAAUAAACCAGGCAAAUUGAUCUACGUGGGUUUAGGCUCACUGGUUUUAUCAGAUUUGGAAAACACCAAGCGCUUAAUGGCAUUACUGGCCAAAUCAACGCAUCGAUUCAUUGUGUCAAAGGGUCCGCAUCAUGAUAAGUACGAGUUGCCUGGUGCUAAUAUGUGGGGCGAGCGGUAUGUGCCACAGAUACAGGUGCUGCCAUUAGUGGAUCUGGUAGUAACACAUGGUGGUAAUAAUACGGUCACCGAGACAUUAUAUUACGGUAAACCCAUGGUUGUGCUGCCGGUGUUUGCCGACCAGUUUGAUAACGCGCAGAGACUGCAUGAGUUGGGCUAUGGUUUACGACUCGAUACCUACCGGUGCUCUGAGGCUGAGCUGUUGGGCGCUAUCGAUAAGUUGCUGAAUAAUAACGAGUUGAACGCAAAGUUGGCUAAAAUAGCCACAAGAAUACAAUCGGAUAAUAAAAUUUCUAAAAUACCAGGGUUGAUUGAACAAUUAUGCAACGGUGAUACUAAUCGGCAUGAAUAA